AUGUCUGAACAAACAUCAUCUUCAUCACCAUCAACAAUAGCGGAUGGACGACAACAACAACAGAAUGUAGUUACAAUCAAAUCACAUAGAAGGAUAAAGUUAAGAGACAGAGAGAGAAGGGUAAAGAUAAUAACUGUGAGAGCAUCAGACUCCCCAGGUGGUUUACUACGCUAUGACAACUCUGGCGUCAAGGUCACUGGUCUGGACUUGGCCAAGGACAAGACACUGCCAAUGGCAAGCGAUCAGACUCCAUCACCCGACAGCACUCCAUUCUCCAUUCGUGAAUACCUCAGUCUAAUGAUGGGCUUGGAGGAAGUACGUCACAGACGUCUUCACAGAGCUUUGUUGACCGAACUGAUUGGCACUGCUGUGUUCACCUACCUUAGUGUGGCCAUUGUCAUUGCUGUCGUCAACUUUUACAACUUCUCUGUCAACUACCGUGGGAAUCCAUUGGGAAUGGUGGCCAAUCCUUGGCAGGCAUUCUUCAUUGCUGCACUGCACUGUCUGCUACUGGUGAUCAUGAUCAUUGCCUGUGGUCCCAACUCUGGUGGCAUCCUCAACCCUGUGAUCACAUUUGCCACCAUGAUUACUGGAUUCACAACGAUUGCCAAGGGAAUACUUUACAUCUGUGCACAACUAGUAGGUGCAAUCAUAGGAUCCGCACUUAUAUAUGCAUCAGUGCCUCACGAAGUAUACAACAGGACACUAAUGGCAACUUGCCAGUUUGGUAACCAAAUGACUAAGCUCAAUGCACUGGCAGCAGAGUUUGCAUUUGGUUUCUUCAAUUUGUUGAUAGCAUUUAACGUAGCAUUGGAUCCACGACAGGUAAAGACCUUUGGUGUACUUGCCCCGCCACUCAUCAUUGGAUUUGCACUGUUCAUCACUUUGUUUGCUUCUCAAGGUCUGUUGUCCUUCUACGCCGGACCUGGUUUCAACAUUGCCAGAUGCUUUGGACCUGCUGUGCCUGGUGAUGCGCAUCACCCAUCCACCCCAGACUUUUGGAUAUUUAUAGUUGGACCUUUGUUAGCAGCCACUGCGAUCGGCACACUGGUGAAUGUCAUUCCGCCAUUCAAGUAUGAAAGAUGGAAGUGUCCCAAUUAA